AUGGCUGAAAUACGGUCAAAAACUAAUACAGUGCAAGUUCAUCUUCUCAUUGACACAGACUCUGAACUUUCAUUCGUCAUCGAGAACCUCAUCAGACAACGCUAUAUUCCUAUAAAACGUUCCAUCCUUCGCAUUCAUAGAAUUGGGGGAGCUCAAAAUCUUGCUAUUGCUUCAAACGCCAGAAUCACACAUCGGCAAGCCAAUUUUUGCGCUAUUCAGUGCCUACUAUGCCGAUCUUACUUCUCUCCUAGCUUGGGUCCUAUGCUCACGUGGUUAAUCUUCGCACUCAGCGCUCAUCUUGCAGAAACAUCGAAACAGCACGUGCCCCACCAGCGCACGAAGCAAUCGCAGAAACACGCGGCUUUAUUUGAAGAGUGUAAAUGUAAUAUUGAAAAUUAUGAAGAAGAAAAGAGUAUAAUUGAUGAAAAUAAAAUACUAUUAGUCAAAAAUAAGAAGAGUAAAGUUCACAGAGAGAAUAAAAAUGAACAAGAUGGAGAAGAAUAUGAGGUAGAAAAAAUUGUAGAUCAACGUACGAUAAAGGGUCGUCGUCAGUUCUUAGUUCGGUGGAAAGGUUAUACGGUAGAAUCUGAUACAUGGGAACAAGAAAAAGAAUUAAACUGUGACAGGUUAAUUGAAGAAUUCUUAACUGAACAAGAAGAAAAUACUGAAUAUUUUGAAAAGGACAUAAAACAAAUUAAGAAAAAAAUCAAAAAGCAAGAUAAAAAAAUUAAAAUACUGGGAAAAAACAAUAAAAUUAAAAAUGACACAUCUAAAAUACAUACAAAUGAAGACAUUGAAGAUUCAAAAGAAUAUGAAGUUGAAAAAAUUAUUGAAGUCCAUUUUAAAAAAAAUAAAACCCGCGAAUUUUUAGUUCGAUGGAAAGGAUUUUCACCAAAUGAAGAUACUUGGGAACCUGAAAAGCAUUUAAACUGUCCAGAACUUAUUAAUAAGUUUAUGGAAAAAUUAGAAAAAAUUAAAAGUGUUGAAGCGCGUGAAUUACGAGCAAAUCCUUCUCAUACAAAACAUUUCUUAUUAAACGUACACAGAGGAAAAAGACAAUCUCGGCGUAACUCAAAUAAACAAAGAGUUACUUACUAUGAAUAUGAUUAAUGAAAAUCAUAAA